GAACGGACCGAAUCGGGGAGUCCGUGUGGGACCAACGAGCCUGAGACCGAGGAAGCGGCAGAACCUGGAAACAUAUGAUCUGAGAAGGUGUUUUGUGUGCUCUGGUCACCUGGAAUCAGGAUGCAGUUCUCAGUCAGACUGAGCUUCUUCCUGCUGGGCUUUGUUUUCAUCGCAGUGUUGCCUCACACAGCAAAAGGCCAAGUUUCAUCACCACGGAGAUUUCGUGCAAAAGUCCUGGGACAGGACAAGCUUGAGGUAUCAUGGAAGGAGCCGAAAGGAGAUUUUGAAGGAUACAAGGUUAUUUACAUCACACGUCCAGGUGGACAACAGAAGGUGCUUGAACUAGCAAAGCAGGAAACAAAGCUGGUCAUUAAAGAUUAUGACCCCUCAAAAGAUUACAACUUUAAGAUUAGUGCUGUGAAUGGUGGGAAGGAGAGCAAACCUCUUCAAGGAAAACAUGAAGCUCAGCAAUCAGGCUCUGUAACAGCUCAAACCCAGGGGACUAAAAAGAGUGAUGUCACACGAGAAAACAACGAGAUCUCAGAAGCUGAAAAUGGAUUCUUGUGCAAGACUCCCGCCAUAGCCGACAUUGUGAUCCUGGUGGAUGGCUCUUGGAGUAUCGGUCGGAUUAACUUUAGGCUGGUUCGAGCCUUCCUAGAAAACCUUGUCAAUGCCUUUUCUGUGGAAUUUGACAAAACAAGAAUUGGACUUGCUCAGUACAGUGGAGACCCCAGGAUUGAGUGGCAUCUGAAUGCUCACACUACCAAAGAGGCUGUGAUAGAGGCUGUGAAAAACCUGCCCUAUAAAGGAGGAAACACACUGACAGGUCUGGCUCUCACCUUUAUACUGGAAAACAGCUUCAAAGUAGAAUCUGGGUCCCGGCCUGGUGUUCCAAAAAUAGGAAUCCUCAUCACUGAUGGGAAAUCCCAAGACGAUGUGAUUCCUCCUGCCCAAAGCUUGAAGAAUGCUGGGAUAGAACUAUUUGCUAUUGGUGUGAAAAACGCAGAUGAAAACGAGCUGAAGGCCAUUGCGUCUCCUCCCGAGGAGACUCACGUAUACAACGUGGCAGACUUCAGUGUGAUGAGUGACAUCGUGGAAGGUCUCUCCAAGACCGUCUGUGACCGUGUGGAACAGCUUGACAGAAAAAUAAAAGGAGCAGGAGAGCCAGCUCCGCCCGUCACCUCUAUUACACCUCCUCGUAAUCUUGUGACAUCAGAUAUAACAGCUCGCAGUUUUCGGGUUACAUGGACUCACGCACCAGGCCAGGUUGAGAAAUAUCGAGUGGUGUACUACCCAGCCAGUGGAGGACAACCAGAAGAAAAAGUGGUUUUGGGGACAGAAAACAGUGUGGAGCUGACUUACCUGAACUCCCUCACAGAGUACCAGGUGGCCGUUUUUGCCGUCUACCGAAGCUCUGCCAGUGAGGCCCUGAGAGGAAGUGCCACCACAUUGGCCCUGCCCACAGUGAACAACCUAGAGUUGUUCGAUAUCACCCACAGCACCAUGAGGGUCCGCUGGAAGAUCGCCGCUGGGGCUUCAGGUUACAUGAUCCUGUACGCCCCGCUGACUGAGCAAGAAGCUGCAGAUGAGAAGGAGGUGAAAGUGGGUGAUUCUGUAAAUGAGGUGGAGCUGGAAGGGUUAACUCCAGCCACUGAAUACACAGUAACAGUUUAUGCCAUGUAUGGAGAGGAGGCCAGUGAUCCCAUGACCAGCCAGCAGACCACAUUGCCACUCAUCCCAGCAAGUAACCUACGUUUCCAAGACGUGGACCACAGCUCAGUUCGCAUAACUUGGGAUUCCCCUUCUAGGUUGGUGCGAGGCUACCGCAUCAUGUACGUCAAGACCAGCGGAGUCCAAACUACUGAGGUGGACCUCGGUGCUGUGACGAGCCAUUUGCUCAAAAACCUGACCUCCCUGACGGAGUACACAGUCGGGGUCUUUGCUGUCUACAAAGAAGGAGAAGCUCCAGCAGUGACCGAAAGCUUCACUACAAAGAUGGUUCCAGACCCGAUGAAUCUGAAAAGCAGCGAUAUCUCCUCAGAUGGUUUCCGGGUGUCAUGGCAACACCCCGCCUCUGAUGUGCUGCUGUAUCGACUCACCUGGACGCCCACCGAUGGCGGAGACAAUGAGGAGGUUCUGGUGAAUGGAAACAUCAACACCUAUCUGAUUAAAGAACUUGAACCCGCCUCCGAAUAUGAAGUCCUCCUGGCUGCUAUCUACGCAAAUGAGGUUGAGAGUGAUGAGAUGGUGCUAAUAGAAACCACUGCUAAGAGGACAACUACAGUUGCUACAACAACCACAACGACAUUAACACCUCGUUAUGCUGUGAAGAACCUGAAGAUCGAUGAAGAAACCACAUUUAGCAUGCGGGUGUCGUGGCAGGCUGUAGACUCCAGAAACAUCCGUCAUUAUCAACUGACCUACAUCAGUGCCAGGGGAGACAGAGCAGAGGAGUCGAGGACGGUGCCCUCAGGUCAAACCAGCCUGGUUCUGCAGCCUCUCCUUUCAGACACACAGUACAAAGUCACUGUGAUUCCUGUUUACAAUGAGGGAGAUGGCCCUGUAUCCUCAGAAAUGGGUCGGACACUUCCUCUUUCAGCUCCUAGGAACCUCCGUGUGUCAGAAGAAUGGUACAACCGCUUCAGGAUCAGCUGGGAUGUUCCUCCUUCGCCCACUAUGGGCUACAGAGUUGUCUACCAGCCUCUUACUGCCCCUGGACAGGCGCUGGAGACUUUUGUUGGAGAGGAUGUGAACACCAUGCUGAUCCUCAACCUCUUGAGUGGGACAGAGUACAGUGUCAAGGUCAUCGCAUCCUACACCACAGGAUCCAGCGAGGCUCUAGCAGGAAAGGCCAAGACUUUGUAUCUUGGAGUAACCAGUCUGAGCACAUAUCAAGUGAGGAUGUCUGGUGUUUGUGCUCAGUGGGUGCCUCACCGGCAUGCCAGUACCUACAGACUGGUUGUUCAAUCUGUGACUGGUAGUCAGAAGCAGGAGACCAGGCUCGGUGGAGGUGCCAGCAGACACUGUUUCAGCAACCUGAAGCCCAACACAGAGUAUAAGAUCAGCAUAUACUCCCAGCUACAGGAUGGGACUGAAGGACCUGCUGUCACUGCAAAUGUGAAGACAUUACCAAUCCCAACACCAGCUCCGGCCAAGCCCCCGACCACCACUCCACCACCCACAAUCCCUCCUGCGAAGGAAGUUUGUAAGGCAGCCAAAGCGGACCUGGUCUUUUUAGUUGAUGGAUCCUGGAGUAUCGGUGACGACAACUUCCUGAAGAUUAUCCGUUUCCUGUACAGCACCGUCGGAGCUCUGGAUCGGAUAGGCCCAGAUGGCACACAGGUGGCCAUUGCCCAGUUCAGUGACGACGCUCGGACUGAGUUCAAGCUGAACUCCUACGGUAACAAAGAGCGUCUGCUUGAUGCCAUCAACAAGAUCUCCUACAAGGGAGGAAACACUAAAACAGGCCGAGCCAUCCAGCAUGUGAAGGAAAACAUCUUUACAGCUGAAGGAGGAGCCAGGAGAGGAAUCCCUAAUGUCCUUGUAGUUCUGACUGAUGGCCGAUCCCAGGAUGAUGUCAAUAAAGUUUCCAAAGAGAUGCAGAUGUCAGGUUACAUUGUGUUUGCUAUCGGCUUCGCUGAUGCCGACUAUGGAGAGUUGGUGAGCAUCGCCAGUAAACCGAGCGACAGGCACGUCUUCUUCGUGGACGACCUGGACGCCUUUCAGAGGAUCGAAGAGAAGCUGGUGACCUUUGUGUGCGAGGCCGCUACUGCGACUUGCCCAUCAAUACCAAUGAGUGGCAGCACAACCCCAGGAUUCCGUAUGAUGGAGCUGUUUGGACUUGUUGAAAAUAAGUACAACAGUAUCUCUGGUGUUUCCAUGGUACCUGGCACCUUCAAUGCCUUUCCCUGCUUCCACCUGCACAGCAACGCUCUGAUGGCACAGCCAACCAGGUUUAUCCAUCCUGAGGGGCUUCCCUCUGACUACACCAUCACCCUGCUGUUCAGAGUGCUGCCCGACACGCCGGAGGAGCCCUUUGCUAUCUGGGAGAUCCUCAAUAAGAACAACGAUCCACUAACUGGAGUUAUCCUGGACAAUGGAGGAAAAACUUUGACAUUCUUCAACAACGACUUCAGGGGAGAGUUUCAGACUGUCACAUUUGAAGAUCCAGAAAUCAAAAAACUCUUCUUUGGAAGCUUUCACAAGCUGCACAUUGCAAUCAGCAAGACGAGUGCCAAAGUGUUCAUCGACUGCAAAAUGGUGGCAGAGAAGUCCAUCAACGCAGCGGGAAACAUCUCCACAGAUGGAGUGGAAGUUCUGGGCAGGAUGGUUCGCUCCCGAGAGAACAAGGACAACUCUGCACCGUUCCAGCUCCAGAACUUUGACAUUAUUUGCAGCACAUCCUGGGCCAACAGAGACAAGUGCUGUGAACUGCCUGGUCUGAGGAAGGAGGUAGACUGUCCAGCCUUACCCAAAGCCUGCACCUGCACACAGGACAGCAAAGGUCCAGCUGGUCCUCCCGGAGUGCCUGGCGGUCCUGGAAUCCGAGGGGCCAGAGGUGAUCGUGGCGAGCCGGGUCCAGUGGGGCCCGCAGGUCCUGUUGGAGACACAGGUGUACCCGGACCUCAAGGACCACCUGGACCUCAGGGACCAAGUGGCCGCUCCAUCAUUGGACCCGCUGGUUCUGCAGGAGAGAGGGGGCAGAAAGGUGAAGCUGGCCAACAAGGACAACAGGGUAUACCUGGAAGACCCGGCCCUGUGGGAAGAGAAGGACCUCCAGGACCCAGGGGACUUCCAGGCAAAGACGGCCCACAGGGCAGACAGGGACCCCCGGGAACUAUGGGGACUCCAGGAUCUCCUGGAUCUCCUGGAAAUACCGGAGCCCAAGGAAAACAAGGAACCCUGGGACCACCGGGUCCGCCAGGAACAAAGGGAGAGAAAGGUGAACGGGGUGACCUUCAGUCAACAGCAUCAGUUCAGGCCAUUGCCAGACAAGUCUGUGAGCAGCUGAUCCAAAGUCACAUGUCACGUUACAACACUAUCUUGAACCAAGCGCCCAGUCCACCAGUGUCCAUCCGCACAGUGCCUGGACCUCCAGGAGAACCUGGUCGUGAAGGUCCCCCGGGGCCCCAGGGAGAACAGGGACCACCAGGAAGGCCAGGCUUCCCUGGCCAAAAUGGUCAAAAUGGAAAUCCUGGAGAACGAGGUCAACCAGGAGAAAAGGGGGAUAAAGGGUCUGCAGGUGUUGGUGUCCAGGGCCCCAGAGGACCCCCAGGACCUCCUGGUCCCCAAGGACAGGGCAGACCUGGCAGCCAGGGUCCAACAGGUCGCCCUGGAAAUCCUGGAACUUCUGGUCGGCCCGGAGUUCCCGGUCCAGUCGGCCCUCCAGGACCGCCGGGAUACUGUGACCAGAACUCUUGUUUGGGCUACAAUGUUGGAGAAGGUGAAGAGAUCACUGACAUCCGCAGUAUCCCUCCAGUCCAACUUCCGUCCAGCGUCUUCCAAAACUAUGGUGAGGCAGAAGAGGACGACCCAUACCGCUACUACCAGCCCAACUACCCAGCUCCUCAACCCGUCUCGCCUGAUGACCCCGCGCUGGCGCAGGACGAUGUCGAGCUGAGGUCCCCCGGUGUGUACCGCAGCAAACGGAGCUCAAAGGCGGAAGAGGAGCAAGCCGGGACAAAGAGGAGAAUAAAGAGAGGAGUGAAGAAUCCUCCUAAACUAACUAACUGAGAGGAGGAAGCUGGAGGACAGAGGGACGCUUGCUCUUUGUGAUUGGAAGGCUUGGAGCCAUUAUGAACUAAUCAACAAGUGCCUGAUGUAGGGGGUUUCUUAUGGACAUUGGAGAUGGAACGGGAGGGGAAAUUAGGUUGGGGAAACUUAACUCAUCUAUGCUAUUGAAUUAACUUCAACAGAACAGAUUUAUUUAGUUUUAUUCAUUUUGUUUAGGUCAAGCAAAGUGCUCAGAAAGGUACUGAACUUUGGUUCAUAGUACCCAAAAACUGUCAGUAUUCAAUUUAUUGAUUUGUUUUCAGGUCUUUCUGUUUUCCACCUGGUUGUUUAAGUGCCUCCUAGUGUUUUUUCUAGUACUUUGAUGGUAAAGUAAAGUAUCUUUUCUUUGACGGUCUCUUUUGAUGCCUGUUUGCCAGGGAAAGAUUUACUUGAGCCUUUCAUUUGUUUAUUUAAUCAGUGAACGUGUAAAAUGGUUUUACAGUGCAACAUUUCCAGUAAUCCUUUACUUUGGUAAUUUUUUGCAUUGAGCUGUGUGAUUAAUACCCCACCCCUCUGUUUUGAAGGCACGUACAAUUUGCAGCCAGGGAUUUUUUUCAUCUUCACAACUGGUAUUUGUGGAGUUUUGCAUGUUUUUAUUUCAUUUUAACAUGUGAUGCAUUCAUUUCUGACCUGAUAAAGCCACAGAUAAACCUAUCCUACAUAUCAUGAUGGCUUUAUGAAUGCUUAUUGAUAUAAUAUUAAGCUAAUAUCUGUAUGUUUGAGAAGGUUGAUUAAACUAAAACUUUAUAAAUCCAUAGAUAAUAUGGGCAAAAAACAGAUUGCUGUUUCUCACCUCUUACCUUUUAAUUUUACCAGUUUAAUUUUUCUUCAACAUUUCCUGUUCAUAUUUGUAAUCUGUUAGCCAUCUGUUCCAGAGAAAAUAUUCUACAUCCUUUUAUAUUUUUUUUUCAUUUUAGGUCAGCUUUAGAAAAUGAGUACAAAUAAAUUAAGCACACUAAUUCCAUAUGCAUGAUUGGUUUAUUAUCUUAGUUUUCAUGCUGCACCUUUUUUUUCACUCCCAUUUUUCUUGUUGGUGUGAUUAAAUUAUGCCCAAUCACAUUUUCAAUUUGGUAAAUGCUUCCUCCGUUUGUUUCUUUUCUGAAGCCUUUGGUGUUACUGCAGCGUCUGAUCAGGAUGUUUAAAACUAAAAAAAAAAUCAAGGAAGUAAUUUAUUUUUUACUUGGUGUUGAUUUUCUCAGAACAAUAAAACUGAAGUACAAGCGUU